AUGAUUACCAUCGCUGCUCGAGAGGGUGUUUACGAUUUGGAAAAGCAGCAUGGUGAUCUGAAGAAGGGCUGGUCGGAUCCGACGUAUAUGGCGAGAGCGUGUGGUCGGCACGAGUUGCCGGAAGAACCGAUGGCGAGGGCGAGGUGGCAUUGGUGGGGGCAUGAAGACGGGUAUGUGCACCGGGUCGUGGUCGGUACAACAGACUGCCUGGGGACGACGAUUGACAAGGAGAAGAAGGUGAUGAAAGAAAUGAGCUCUGCAGCUGCGAGAGAUGAGCAUUUCCGAAAGCUGAUGGAGCGGGUGAGCGCGGCGAAAGGAAGGAUGGCAGUAGAGGGAGAGGAAAUCAAGGCGAGGAUCAAUAGGGAGUGGGCGGAGAGGAAGGAGAUGGGGCAUUUACUGGAUAAGAAGCUGACGAGAGCCGAGAUGAGAUUGUUGGCAAAGGCAGAGAAACGAUUAGCAAAUAAGAUGGACAAGGAGGGAUGGGCGUCGGAUACGACAGCCGCUGAUAGUGAGAGUGAAGAUGAAAAGCCGAGAGGAAGGGGAGGUAGAGUCUAG